AUGCUUUGGAGACUCCAAUGCAACCAAUGGCUACCUGUUGCCGAGAAGACUAUUUCUAAUAUCGAGGCUUCGGGCAACGAUAUGUUCGUGUUUGGCAUCAGCGAGGGUGACGUUGGUGUUUUUUUUUACCCGAAGAACAACAAUGCUUAUCGUAUAAUAGCUCAGGCGGAUCCUUCCAAGGAGUAUACUGGAGUCACCUUUUAUCAACACUCGAAUAUUCUAUAUGUUACCGAAAAGGCUACUGGGCAGAUUGCUCGGUUCACAGGUCAGGGAGGCGCGUGGAUUCCCAUGGACCCCUUGAAUGGUUCGGGUGUUAUUAUUGAGCCUAGUAUUCUGCGCUUCACACUCGGUAAACUUUAUGUGAUUAUUACUAGCACUACUACUGUUUCAACUAGUGGUCCUGUGACUAGCACUACUACUACCUCAACUAGUGGUCCUGUGACUAGCACUACUACUGUUGCCUCAACUAGUGGUCCUGUGACUAGCACUACUACGGUUUCAACUAACGGUCCUGCGACUAGCACUGCUACUGUCUCAACUAGUGGUCCUGUGACUAGCACUACUACUGCCUCAACUAGUGGUCCUGUGACUAGCACUACUACUGUUGCCUCAACUAGUGGUCCUGUGACUAGCACUGCUACUGUCUCAACUAGUGGUCCUGUGACUAGCACUACUACUGCCUCAACUAGUGGUCCUGUGACUAGCACUACUACUGUCUCAACUAGCGGUCCUGCGACUAGCACUACUACUGUCUCAACUAGUGGUCCUAUGACUAGCACUACUACUGUCUCAACUAGUGAUCCUGCCACUAGCACUACUACUGCCUCAACUAGUGGUCCUGUGACUAGCACUACUACUGUCUCAACUAGUGGUCCUGUGACUAGCACUACUACUGUCUCAACUAGUGGUCCUAUCACUAGCACUACUACUGCCUCAACUAGUGGUCCUGUGACUAGCACUACUACUGUUUCAACUGGUGGUCCUGUGACUAGAACUACUACAUCCUCUUCAUCUGGCCAGUGUUCGGGUGACUUCUGCGUUGCUGAUAGGACGACGUUCCCUAACCUCCUCCCGGCGGGCCAAAUAACUACCGAGUCCUUCAGUUUCACUGACUAUGGUGCAUGGUACCUAGCUGGUUACUCUAGUGAUGAUGGUAUCCGUAUGCUUUGGAGACUCCAAUGCAACCAAUGGCUACCUGUUGCCGAGAAGACUAUUUCUAAUAUCGAGGCUUCGGGCAACGAUAUGUUCGUGUUUGGCAUCAGCGAGGGUGACGUUGGUGUUUUUUUUUACCCGAAGAACAACAAUGCUUAUCGUAUAAUAGCUCAGGCGGAUCCUUCCAAGGAGUAUACUGGAGUCACCUUUUAUCAACACUCGAAUAUUCUAUAUGUUACCGAAAAGGCUACUGGGCAGAUUGCUCGGUUCACAG